AUGGGAGGGUUGUGGGGCCAUCAUCUUGCACGGGGCCCCUCAGAAGCUAGAGCCCCUGCACCAUUGGGCCCCUCAGAAGCUAGAGCCCCUGCACCAAUGGGCCCCUCAGAAGAUAGAGCCCCUGCACCAUUGGGCCCUUCAGAAGCUAGAGCCCCUGCACCAUUGGGCCCCUCAGAAGCUAGAGCCCCUGCACCAUUGGGCUCCUCAGAAGCUAGAGCCCCUGCACCAUUGGGCCCCUCAGAAGCUAGAGCCCCUGCACCAUUGGGCCCUCAGAAGCUAGAGCCCCUGCACCAUUGGGCCCCUCAGAAGCUAGAGCCCCUGCACCAUUGGGCUCCUCAGAAGCUAGAGCCCCUGCACCAUUGGGCCCCUCAGAAGCUAGAGCCCCUGCACCAUUGGGACCCUCAGAAGAUAGAGCCCCUGCACCAUUGGGCCCCUCAGAAGCUAGAGCCCCUGCACCAGUGA